GGAAAUGACGUUCAGGGGAAUGUGAGAAGGGGUUUGUGCAAGUCCAGGGUUUGGUUUGACGGUGUCCGAACGCGGAUCAUUGGGAACACAGAGCACGUAACUGCUCAAUGCUGCAUUGACUGGAGUUUCACUCAGACAGAGAGAGAGAGAGGGUCAGCGCAGAGCAGACAGACACCAUGGCAGAAACCUCAGAAAAAGUGCCCAUAGCCCUGGCAGGACCAGCUGACGUGGAGCAGUGCCUACCCCCUGCUUACACAGUGGCGGUGAAAUCCUCCAGCAGUGGUCGUCUGCUGAAGAUCGGCGCAGUGGUGCUCAUCACUGGGGCUGCUCUGCUGGUACUUGGAGCCAUCGGUGCCUUUUACUUCUGGAAGAUCAAUGACAAAAAUGUGUACAAUAUGCAUUACACCAUGAGCAUCAAUGGAAAGGUAAAGGAAGGUUCAUUGGAAAUUGAUACUGAAAAUAAUCUCGAGACCUUCAGAACUGGAAGUGGGAAUGAAGAGGCAGUUGAAGUUCAUGAUUUUCAGACUGGAAUUACAGGAAUCCACUUUGCUGGAGGGGAGAAAUGCUACAUCAAGGCACAAGCUAAAGCACAUCUUCCAGAUAUUGAGUCUUUGAAAACAGAGGCUGUUUCUUUUGAGCUAGAAGAUGAAAUCAUGCCUGCAAAGUUUGAGGAAGAGUCUCUUAUUUGGGUGGCAGCAGAACAACCAGUUAAAGACCACAGCUUCUUGAGCCCCAAGAUUUUGGAGUUGUGCAGUGAUCUCCCUAUUUACUGGCUUCGUCCAACAUACACAAAAGAAGAACAAAGGAAGAAACGAUCAGUGGCACGUGAGAGGCGUCAGUUGCUUGACCCCCAUUACGACGGUGAUUUCAGACCGGCUGUAGUUGAUGAAUACGAUCAGAUUGAGGGAGCACCUGAAGAGGUCGAUGUUGAAGUAACAGACAUUCAACCUGAGGAGGCAAAACCCGAAGGAACCGUAACUGCUCCAGAAGAGGAGGGCAGUCCAUCUGCAUUUAACGCAGAAAACCCGUAUCAUCGACUCUUACAGGGCGAGGGUGGAAUGACCUUUGACCCCAUGUUGGACCACCAAGGAAUCUGCUGUGCUGAGUGCAGACGCAGUUAUACACAUUGCCAGCGCAUCUGUGAACCGCUCGGUGGUUAUAUGCCCUGGCCUUAUGAUUAUCGGGGAUGCCGUGUUGCCUGCACAAUGAUCAUGCCAUGUACCUGGUGGGUAGGACGCAUACUUGGUGUGUUGUAAACUGCUGCAGAAGCCCUUCAUUGCCAGGCCGUUGUUUUGAAAUAAAGUGCAGGACAGUGGCAAAAAUUGUUGGCUAUAAAUUUAAUAAUGGUUAGUGCCAAAGAAGUUUUCAGAUAGAGAUACAAAUCAAAAUGCAUUUAUAACCUCACAUUAAUGACAAAAUGUUCCCAUGAAAUGCAUUAUUAAUUGAGUUUAAGUGUUGCAAACUAUAAAAAAAAAUGAGCAAAGCUAGACCAUUUCAGGCAAAAGUAUAAUUGCAUGAGAUGAUUCAUCUUGUUUAGAAAAUUGUACAGAGUUUUGUAAUGGUGCAAUAAAGCAUGCAGCAACAUGUAUGUGUGCUUAGAUCUUUUUUGCAAUGUUGUACAGAUAAAAUGAUCCAUUGGUGGUGUAUAUGUAACUCUUAAGAUUAAAGAGGCCAAUUAAUACCUUAGAACUAGAUGGCUGGGACUGUUAACUGCCUUCUGCUAUCAAGCCUCUGGAAUUAGAAUAGCUGUGAGCUGGACGCUGCUUUUCCUCUAAUUAUUAAACA